CAAACAAACAAACAAAAGAGAAAUAUGGUUAUAAAUGAACGGAAAGGAUUUGUGGAAGUCUGUGGUUUAGAUCUAGACUCUAGAUAUCAAACCGGAAAUCAUAAUUGUUUACAGAAAUUACUUUUAAAAUGUGAAGACAUUUCCAUUUUCAUUUUUGGAAGAGGCUGUAGUCUUAGUAGAACAAGAUACUUCAAUGGUACAUGUGGUUUACUUAUAGAAACAUGGUGACUGAAGGGAGAAAACCAACCAUUCCUCUGUUUCCUUGGAAGGUUCUGAUAGUUUGUGUUUGCUCUCAUGGGACGUGUGUCUUCAGUGAGGAUAACCGGUUCAAAGUGGUCACUAGUGUCUCCCCUUCAGAGCCCCCACGUCAAAUUUGGCCGUUCUUUGCGUCACGGUUGAGUUAUAACGUAAAGACGGUCACUGUUCAAUUCGUGGCCGACAGGAUGAAGAGAAGCGUGUGCCUCCAACAGCUUGAAGGUUUCACCACCAUCGGAGAUCGCAACAUUGAACUGAAAAUCUCUGACGAGAAGGAUGAAAAAUUCCUAAUCAAGAAGUUCCCUUCAAUAAUAAAUCGUAGAGAAUACUGCUCAACCAGCAGGUGUCUGGAGUUUGCGUUGACCAAGAUAAACGAGACGCUGACUCCAAAUCCGGAUCUGCUUUAUAUUAAUUUACAGAUUCUUCACAUGGAGAGUCCAUAUCGAGUUAUCCAUUUGGAGGACAGUUUUUGUGACGAUAGUUUUAAAUUAGCUAACAGCAGAGUUCAAGUAUACGGUAAAUAUCCUGCUGAUCAGAAACUACACACACAAAUUUGCCCUAUAACAUUUGUAAAAGUUUGGAAAGAGAGACGACUGUGUUUAUUUUACAAGCUGCGAUCUCAGGAAUGGGCUCAACGAUUUGACUGGGAGAUAUACGUCACCUUUAUCAAAUAUUCUUUGUCGCAGGAGAAUAUACUCUUCAAACUUAAUGCCAGAAAUGAAAGCUUGGGAAAAUGGUGUGACGCGUCAAAUGCAGAAGAGAUUAUGCUAAUUUACAAAACCAAUCAAAGUCAAACAUUCCAGUCAGAGCCGCCUGUGUUUCGAAUGUUGGUCCUGGAUUUGGAGAACCACAUACUCGAUAAUGACAAACAGUCUCAAUGACAUUACAAUUUAAGAGACAAACUGUCUGAAUGACAUUAUAAUUUAAGAGACAAACUGUUUGAAUGACAUUACAAUUUAAGAGACAAACUGUCUGAAUGACAUUAUAAUUUAAGAGACAAACUGUUUGAAUGACAUUACAAUUUAAGAGACAAACAGUCUCAAUGACAUUACAAUUUAAGAGACAAACUGUCUGAAUGACUUUACAAUUUAAGAGACAAACUGUCUGAAUGACAUUACAAUUUAAGAGACAAACUGUCUGAAUGACAUAACAAUUUAAGAGACAAACUGUCUGAAUGACAUUACAAUUUAAGAGACAAACUGUCUGAAUGACAUUACAAUUUAAGAGACAAACUGUUUGAAUGACAUUACAAUUUAAGAGACAAACUGUUUGAAUGAUAUUAUAACUAUGGGUCAGAAAGUGUCAUGGCAUGGAGAUGCACAAGUCAAUCCAAAGGAUUACAUUCGCAUUUCUACCUCUACCACAACAGAGUUGUAUUUCUACCACUCAAUGACAGAGUUGUAUUUCUACCACUCAAUGACAGAGUUGUGUAUUUCUACCACUCAAUGACAGAGUUGUGUAUUUCUACCACUCAAUGACAGAGUUGUAUUUCUAUCACUCAAUGACAGAGUUGUGUAUUUCUACCACUCAAUGACAGAGUUGUAUUUCUAUCACUCAAUGACAGAGUUGUAUUUCUACCACUCAAUGACAGAGUUGUGUAUUUCUACCACUCAAUGACAGAGUUGUAAUUUUCUACCACUCAAUGACAGAGUUGUAUUUCUACCACUCAAUGACAGAGUUGUGUA